AUACGCGGUAUUCCCAACAGAACAACAGAAGAUGGCAAACGGUGCCGAUACUAGGUAUGAUGUGAGUGCCGACAUAGACUGGUUUGAUCGAUACAACACGAAGGGGAAUUUUGACAUGGAUGCAUGUUUCAACGCAUUUGAUAAGGAUGGUGAUGGAUACUUGAAUUUAAAUGAGUUUCACACCAUUUGUCGAGCAUUGUUUCGAAAUGACAAAGGAAAGAUAUAUUCUCUGGAGCCAAAGAAGCUGCAAGACAUAUUAUCAGUUUUUGACAAAAAGAAGGAUGGACUAAUAGACAGGGAAGAGUUUGCAUUCUGCUGGAACAAUUGGAUAAAAAAGAUUGUCCGUCCGGUGAGUGUGUUUCUAGUUGUGGAUGUUCAAAAUGAUUUCAUAUCUGGAACAUUGAAUAUCAGCCAGUGUUCUGCAAGGCAAAAUGGUGCAGAGGUUGUUGAACCAAUAAACAAACUUCUUGAGACCGUGAAGUUUGAUACAGUCUUCUACUCUUUGGACUGGCAUCCUAGUGACCAUGUCUCGUUCAUCGACAAUCUUCCACAGCGUAAAGUGCAUUCAUCCAGUCCAGUGAGUGCUGAAGAAGCUAGAACAUAUGACACAGUCAUCUUUGAAGGUCCACCGCUCAUGAAGCAGAGACUGUGGCCAAGACAUUGUGUACAGGACUCCUGGGGAGCGGAAUUACAUAAGGAUCUCAAGAUUGUGGACAACUCCAUCAAGAUAUACAAGGGAACAAACCCUGAAGUGGAUUCGUACUCUGUUUUUUGGGACAAUAAGAAACUUACAGAUACUACGCUGGUGUCACAGCUCCAAGAAAAAAAUGCAACAGAUAUCUACAUCUGUGGAUUGGCGUAUGAUGUUUGUGUCGGAGCUACUGCAGCCGAUGCUUUGGCAAUUGGUUACCGGACUAUACUUAUUGAUGACUGUAGCCGUGGGGUUGACCUAAAGGAUAUUGAAAAAACCAAGAACACGGUCACAAGUAACAAUGGUGUUAUUGUUGACUCUUCUCAGGUGAAGGCUAUGGUUGAGGGCCGUGAUAGAAGACCUGAACUGGGCUACAAGCUGGCUAUGGAGCUCAAGAGCAUCAUGUCUGACAAAUCUAAGUAGAAAUUGAGUAGCUGCAAGUGAGAGCGCUUAGUACUUCACUACCUUUUCAGAUUUCUCCAACAUAGUGCUUUACACAUUAUGCUUUGAUAUGUGUUUCCUGUUGAGAAUAGUGAAAUUUUUGCAGUUCCUUUAGGUACAUGAUGCACCAGACUUGGGCUUUGUGUUCAGGUAGAGAAAAAUGCCUCACCUUUGAUAACCAGACUGGAGAUUGCAUUCUGGUUUUCACUCAACAGCGUGAAGAUGCUCUAUGAUCAGCCAUCAGAAAUUUGUCUGGAAACAGCAUAGUAUAUUAGCAUUUUCUAUGCUAGACUGAAGUCUUUAAAUUGUGGUCACUUGCCAUCCAUCACUGAUGAGAAGAUAAGACAGUUGGAGAGUAGAACUGGUUGAUUUCAACUGUUCUCCUUUCAUUUAGGGAUGCAUUUAGCUCCAGUGUACCAACGGGAAUUUUAAUAAUCAUUAAAAAUCAGGCUGAUAUUUUAAUCUUGUACAGUACAUGUAAGCAGGCCUUCAUAAUUGUCUCACCUUCUCCUCUUUGGAGGAUAGUACAUGAUUGUGUAACAGCAUUCACAGUAUUAGUCCUACCUGACAUGUUACAGGUAUUAAAAUGUAAAAUAUUUUUACCUUUUUAGAGGCCUCCUUUUUAAUGUCUUCUUCCACUUGGUUAAUAUAAUUUUGAAGGGAUCGUAAUAGAUCUCACCUUUCAGCAUGUUCUAAUAUCUUUUGUAGUAUUAUACAAAACUGCCAUUGACUAAAUUUGUAACUGUGUAAUUUUGUCUUCAUUUUGUGUACUACUGACAAAGGUGUAACAGAAAUCUGUCUCAUGAAACACAUUUCAUCUGAUAUGAUGGUGUAUAAUGUAUUAUGUAAACAGUCAUUUGUUUAAGCUUAAAGUCGUGUGGGUUGUGAUGCUGUGUAGUACCAUAGGUAGGUAGGUACCAACUUAGUGCCUUCAGCUCCUAUUAUACCUUGAGGAUGGAGGCAACCAGUUCCUCUGAAAUGUUGGAACCUAUACCAUAUUAAACAGUAUCACUUCUCAGAAGACUGUAAUCCAAAUAUUAACUGAUUGAGAAUGAGAAGUGUCAUAUACUCAGUCAGUUGUACUCCACCAGUACACCCUUCCUGCUUUUCACUUCUGACUUCUCUCUGCACAUGCUGAAUAUAUAUAUAUACUUGAAGGUUUAUUCUUCAUAUGAUUUUCGAAAUUCAUUGGAAUCAGGUUGUUAGUUUUAUUCACUUGAUUAGCACAAAAGGAAGAAUUAAAAAAAAAUUAAUUGAUUGAACCAGUUAACUCUAAUGGCUUAUUUAUUAUGCCAUUUAAAUUCAUAGAUAAAAUAUUGAACUACAAGCCCAUUAAGUUCAUUCUGUUUUGAAAUGCUGAUUUAUAGUUCACAGCUAUCAUAGAGUGCCUGCAAACUGAUCAGCUGCCCAGGUGGAAGAGAUCAUCACUCCUCUUGUCUAUUCAGGCCAUGGAGAUUAGGAAUCAACAGGCCUGUUUCCUGAAACAUUCAAACAUAACACUUUCCCAUAUUACAGCUGGUGCUGGAAAUGUGUUAUGCCUGUAUUCCAGGCCCCCCUCCAUAAGAAGUUUACAUUCAUGCAUUGAAGUUUUUUUUAAACUUGGAACCCCAGUCUCCUGUGCAAGGCAUUUGCUUGCUUCUGCCUGGCCAGUAUUGUAUAAGUAAUAAGAAUGUCUACACUGCAUAAGUACUUAAACUUUUUGUGUCUCUGUAGAUGUCUGUACUCUGCAUGUACUUCUGAAUAUCAGUAUAGACUGCACUGUCUUGCAGUAAAGUAGAUGAGUGCUUUACAAGUCCAUGUACAGGGUCAAAGUUGUUUGAAAUUUAUAUUCUAUUUUCCCACAGCUCAUGCAGCUUUCAGGUUGUUAAUAUAUGUAACUUCGAAUGUAGUAUGUUAUAGUGGUACAUUGUUAUUCUGUAAUUGUUCAUAAAUUAGCAAAGAUUUUCUGAAGAAGUGGUGAAUCUACUGGAAAUGCAGUUCUGGGCUCACAUUUUACAAGGCAGUAAAACAUCAGUUUCACUUUUUUUAAAUCUACUAUAUGAAUUUAUUUUUUAACUUGUAAUUUUCUGAAGAAUUAGGGACAGCAUUCUUUUUUAUUUAGUUAGGGAAUCUUCCUCUUUUCCAUGUUUGAAAAUGUUGCAAGAUUAAUUAUUAUUACCUCAGUUCUCUUUUGUGAAAUACAAGAGUGAAACAAUUCAUAUGUGGGGUGUUCAAUAAGUAACAUCUAAGGAUGUGUUACUCUUCAACAUGUAUAUCCAGUGUAACAGGGAAUAAUGGACAAACAUUCUGGUUCUGUAAAUAUUUCUAGAACAAUGGAGACAUUUGUCCCAGCAGUACACACAUGUUUGAAUCCAUCAGAGAAGAAAGGCCCAGUGUUUGCACCCACUGGUCUUUAACCUUGUUAUCCUGUCACAGACUUUCUGUGUCGGUGUUGUCCCAAAAUGUUGUCUACAGCAGCUUACACAUAGACUGCUGGGAAUAUCUAAUCUGUCCACCACUUAGCUGUGACAUCACACUUAACAGUUUCCAUUUCUUUUUUGGGUUGCUGAAGAAGCAGUUUGAAGGAAAAUGCUUCUGACAUGAUGAUGAAAUUAAACUGAGGUGUGUCAGUGCAAACACUGACCCUUUAUUUCUUCUACAUGGGAAUUGAAUGUGUGGUAUAUUGCUGGAACAAAUACCUCAGUUGGUCUUGUUAUUACAUUGAGAAAAAGAGAACUUGUGUGUUACUCCUUGUUGCAAGUUGUAAACAUAUCAAUUAUAUCCAGUAGUGAUUCAGGGGUUAAAUAUGUUGGUUCCAGGGUCCACAAUUUACUUAUUUUGCCACUUCUUAUGUUUUAAUAAUCAUACAAAUUAAAGCUCUUUAUUUAUAUUUAAAUAUUAUAGUGCAGGUCAGAGAUUGUAAUUAUACUGUGACCUCUGGAAAGUUCUGUUUUCAGUAAAAUAGCAAUAGCAGCUUUGAAUUGAGCUGUUAACCCUGUAAAGCACAGUGGUAACUGUAUGUACCACCUGCUUUAACAUGAAGAACUCUGCGAUCUGCCCAUAGACUGCAUGCAUGGGUUUCACAUGAUUUUCAGAAUAAACGGCUUUAACCAUUUGGUGUUUGUAAUGGAAGCACAAAGUGUUUUCUAUGAGGGAGGAACUGAAUUAUUAUUAUUUUGAUGAAAAUGUUUUAGAGAAUUGGUGUUAUGCUCUUGUAUUUUUGCCUAGUCACUUGUUUGAGUGAAUUAAAUGUUUGGGGGUAAUAAAAUGAGCAGUACUUAAAUGCAUAUUUGCUCAGUUGCCUUUGACAUGUAAAGCAGACAUAUUUAAUACAUUUUUUAGACUGCUUUUUAUUCUGACUGACUCUGUGUGUACUUUGCAUUGUAAAUUUUAUGACAGUACUAAAUGAGGAACUGAUCUGUUGUGAAAUGAUUUUGAGAAUCCAUAAAAUGCAGUGAACAGUGGUAAUGGUAAAGUUAAGAAGAAAAACAGAAUAAGUUUUAACUUGGAUAAGGAACUGAAACCAGAAAUUCUUAAUGCACCUUUUGAUUUCAAAAAAAAUUCCAACUCAUUGGAUAAUAAAUCAAUUUUCUUCUGAAAUGUCUUUAAGAUCUAUUUUUCUUUCUUCAGAUUUUUUUUUUUUUGUAAAAUUUCUUGCAUUUCUCUAGAAAGAUGUAUUUUGUGAACCAUUGAAAUAUGUCUAUAUUACUCGUGCUAUAUAUUUGACACUAAGUAACAUGGCAAAUACUGGCAACUGAUAAUACAGGAUGGGGCGCAGAAACUUCCUUUUUUUGAAGGCGAAUAAAAGAAAAAUUAUUGCUGAUAGACAAAAUUUAUGUUUAG